AUGCCUUCAAUCAAAGUUGCUGAGUACCUCUUCCGUCGGCUCAAAGACCUGGGCGUAGCUUCCGUCCACGGUGUGCCGGGCGAUUUUAACCUCACUUUGCUCGACUAUGUGGAGCCCGCCGGUUUGCGAUGGGUCGGUAACGCGAACGAGCUAAACGCCGCCUACGCCGCCGACGGGUACGCCCGAAUCAAAGGCAUUGGCGCGGUUGUCACCACCUUCGGUGUUGGGGAGCUGUCUGCUGUGAACGCGAUCGCUGGAGCCUACACUGAACGUGCGCCCGUCGUGCACAUUGUGGGAACACCAGCCCGGGAUUUGCAGGAGGGACGGAAAUUGGUCCACCAUACCUUCAAUGAUGGCGAAUAUGGGCGGUUUGCUAAGAUCUACGAACACUUGACUACCGCUCAGGCCAGCCUGCGAGAUCCACGAACCGCGCCUGCGCAGAUCGACGAGGUACUGCGACAAUGUCUCCUUCACAGCCGACCGGUCUAUAUCGAGGUGCCAAUGGAUAUGGUGCACCAGUAUGUGUCAGAUGAAAGACUCGCGCUCGCCGUCAGCACACCCGACCCUGUUCCCUCCCAGACCCAAGAUGAUGUCGUGGUGCGAAUUCUGGAACGUAUAUAUGCAGCAAAGCAGCCGAUCAUUCUCGUCGAUGGCGAAAUCAGACCCAUAGGAAUCUUGGAAGAGGUCCAGAAGAUCAUCAAUGCCACGAACUUCCCGACCUGGACGACCAAUUUCGGCAAAGGCCUGGUGGAUGAUACACGGCCAAACUUCCAUGGCAUCUACCGCGGCAACUAUGACCCCACUGAAGUGCAAGACUUCUACAAUGGGGCAGACUUGGUGUUGUGUUUCGGGCCACACUUCAGCUCCACCAAUUCCUACUUCUAUCAGAUUAUUCCUAAGCCCGAAGUUGCUAUUUUGUUCACCGAUACCGAAGUUAAGUUUGGAACGGAGAUCAUUCGUGACAUUCCCGCCAAGCUUACCACGUCUCGCCUCAUCGAGACGAUCGACCUCAACCGAAUUCAUCGCUAUGACCCCUACCCCAGUUUGCCCCGUGACGAACUCGUUCCAUUCUCCGAAGUAGAAGGAGAUAAACCACUUUCCCAAGAUAAACUGUGGCGAGUGUUUGCGAACUUCCUUCGCCCAGGCGACAUCCUACUGGGAGAAACAGGCACGGCUGGAUAUGGUGUCCGCGAGAUGGCGUUUCCCAAGCACACCCGCCUUUUCGCACCCGUGACCUGGCUAUCUAUCGGGUAUAUGCUACCAGGAGCACAGGGAGCCGCACUUGCGCAAGAAGAAUUGAUGGCAUCAGACAACUACCACGGCAUUAAAGAUGCACGCACAGUCCUUCUCAUCGGCGAUGGCAGUUUUCAAAUGACCGCGCAGGAAUUAUCAACAAUCAUUCGACUCAAGCUGAACGUCGUGGUCUUCCUCAUCAACAACGACGGAUACACGAUCGAGCGCUGCAUCCAUGGCCGGAAACAGGGAUACAACGAUGUGUCGCGAUGGAGAUAUCUACAGGCCCCCAGCUUCUUUGGAGCGAGUGAAGACACGUACACUGCCUCAGUUAGAACCUGGAAGGAGCUACAAGAUGUUUUCUCGAAUGAUGUUGUCAGUAAUGGGAAAGAGCUGCGGAUGGUUGAGAUAAUGCUAGACCGUGAGGACGCUCCUAUUGGACCUUUGUCGAUGCUUAUAGAUCAGCAAAGACGUACCGGCGCUUAG